CGAGUUGAGCAGAUUGGUGCGUUCCCCAAAUGGAAAGAUGUUCAGAUAAGGCUUUCAAUUGAUCCAACGGUGGUGCCUGUCAAACAACCCAUGAGGCGAGUCCCGACGGCGCUGGAGCACAAGGUAAACGCAAAACUAGAGGAAGCCCUAAAAUUUGAUAUUAUAGAGCCGGUAACUGGGCCGAGCGCUUGGAUAUCGCCAGUGGUCAUCGUGUUUAAAGAAUGUGGAGAUAUUCGAAUGUGUUUGGACAUGCGCAGAGCCAAUAAGGCCAUAAAAAGGGAAAAUUAUCCUCUUCCGACGUUCGACUCAUUGAUGACCAAAUUGAAGAACGCUAAAUACUUUUCUCGGCUUGAUCUAAAGAACGCCUAUCAUCAACUUGAGCUUGACGUUGCGAGCCGGGAGAUAACGACAUUCAUUACACAUCGUGGGCUGUUCAGGUAUAAGAGGUUGCUAUUUGGAGUGAACUCAGCUCCGGAGAUUUUCCAGAGGCUUGUGGAGGAGAUGCUGGCACAGUGCCCAAAUGCCAUAAACUAUAUUGACGAUGUUAUAGUUUUUGGCAAUACCCUCGAGGAGCACGACAUGGCGCUGAGCGCGGUGAAAGAUGUUUUUGUGGGCCGUAAUGUGAUGCUCAACGAGGAGAAGUGUGUUUGGCGGACAACUAAGCUGAAAUUUCUUGGUCAUAUCCUCUCUGACAAGGGGAUUGAGGCGGAUCCAGGCAAGAUUGAGAUAAUACAAAACUUUAGAGAACCCAAAAAUAAGGAAGAGGUCCGCAGCUUUUUGGGUUUGGUCACGUAUGUUGGAAAGUUUAUACCAGACUUGGCGGAUACGACAGAGCCAUUGAGAGGAUUGCUCAAGUUGAACGAGAAAUUCAUAUGGGGUGAGGCGCAGAAGUUAGCUUUUAAACAAUUAAAGGAAAAGGUUUCAGUAGUCCCCAUGCUGUCCUAUUUUACCUUGACUGAUCGGACUAAGUUGAUUGCGGACGCUAGUCCGGUAGCGUUAGGAGCGGUAUUGGUGCAACUAGACAAAGAUAAAAUUCCCCGUAUUAUCUCGUUCGCCAGCAAGAGUUUAUCGGAGGUAGAAAAAAGGUACUCUCAAACAGAAAAGGAAAGUCUCGCGUUAGUCUGGGCGGUAGAAAAGUUUUAUUUUUAUUUGAUCGGAUUAGAAUUUGACCUAGUAACAGACCACAAACCUCUGGAGGCUAUAUUUAAGCCCACUUCCAGACCUCCAGCCCGCAUCGAAAGGUGGCUUCUACGCCUACAAUCUUACCGUUUCCGAGUCGUGUAUAAGCCAGGAAAAGAAAACAUCGCAGACUCAUUGUCGAGACUGUCCCAGGAAACCGAGUCAAACUCAUUCGAUUGGCAGGGGGAGAAAAACAUUUUUCAUAUCGUCUCAAAUUCAAUUCCAGUUUCGUUAUCAAUCUCAGAGAUAGCAGAAAGUAGUACUCAUGAUGAGGGGAUAAUGGAUGCAAUGACGUGCCUAAAGGAGGAUUCGUGGAAGCUAGCUACAUCGAGUCCAUUCUAUCCGUUUCGAUUUGAAGUGUCGACGCUCGGUAAUUUGCUGCUAAGAGGAACAAAGAUAGUGAUUCCGAAAAAUCUGCGACGGAAAGUGUUGGAGUUAGCACAUGAGGGUCACCCAGGCGAGACUGCAAUGAAGCGGCGACUCCGAUCGAAAGUAUGGUGGCCACGAAUGGACAGAGAAGCUGAAGAGUUCGUUAAAACCUGUCGUAGCUGCAUUUUGGUGUCUGCUCCGGUACGUCCGGCCCCAAUGAAGAGGCACUCGUUUCCAAAUGGCCCAUGGAAGUGUUUGGCAACCGAUCUGUUAGGCCCGCUACCAAACGGAGAAUACAUUUUGGUACUAAUCGAUUAUUACUCUCGAUAUAUGGAGUACAAAAUAACGAGGAGCAUCACAUCAAAAAUUAUAAUAAACGAGAUGGAGGAAAUUUUCGCAAGGCUAGGUUUUCCCCAAACAUUAACAGCGGACAACGGUCGCCAGUUUAUAAGCGCGGAAUUCAAAGAAUUUUGUACAACAAACGGGAUCGAGUUGCGUACAACUCCUCCAUAUUGGCCACAAGCGAACGGCGAGGUGGAGAAUAUGAAUAAAUCGCUGGUUAAACGUCUCAAAAUCGCAUAUGCGAGUAGAAGUAACAAUAAGAAGGAGUUGCAAAAGUUCGUUCUUAUGUAUAAUGUAACACCGCAUAGUACAACGGGUGCAGCUCCAACCCAGCUGAUGUACAAUCGGACGAUUCGAGAUAAAAUUCCCGGAAUUGAGGAUAUUUCGGAUCAGGAUGUGGACUCGGAGGAAAGAGAUAAGGACAUGUGCCAGAAAGAAAAAGGGAAGAAGCUAACACCAACGUUCGAUCCAACGGUUUACGAGGUGACCAGCAGAGACGGUGAUGUGGUCCAGGUAACCGGAAAUGGGAAGUCGUAUACCAGGAACGCCAGUCACCUCAAGAAAGUCGAAUCCUCUUCUGCAGUUCAGCCGGAGAAGGGCCAGUCCCCGAAAAGGACUGAUGAAUCAUUCCCGGCCAAACCAAUUGACGCGGAGCUCACCUCACAGAUGCCACAGGGAGGUCUAAAACUGCGUCUGAAAAAAAAAGGAGAGAUGUGGGAACCCGUGUCAGCUGAUCGGGAUUCGAGCCCAACACGGGAUACAUAAACUCACCACGACGCGUGUUGAAUCGCGUCGUAUGUUGAGUUCAAGAAGGAGUCGACGAUAAGCAACGAAAGCGAGCGGUAGCGAGCA